UCAGAAAGAGUGCAGCUUUCUGGUGUCGUCUUGACGUCAACACUUCACUCAGCUGGACUGUGAUUCCUCUCCAGAGUGCUGAUAAAGGACUUAUCACACAUUUCCUACAACAGUGGCAGAACUUUGACCUGCUGAGAAAACCUCAGCUACCUCACCUCAUUUCAUCCACAUUGGCAAAGAGAACCAAUCAGAAAACAUCUUGUGUUUCUUUGGUCUUGGAAAUUAAAGGAGAGGGUGAGGAAAGCCAUGCUGACAGGUUUCUCAUCAUGAACCGGACAUGGGCUUUGUUCAAGGCUCACCCGUACAUCAGUAACGUCCUGGGAUACACAACUCUGUUUGCCUCAGCUGAUGUGAUACAGCAGAGUGUGCUGGGAGGCAAACACACUGCUGGGUCCACAUCAGAGGGUUCAACUGGCAUCGACUGGUGUCAGACGGCUCGAGUGGCAACUGUCGGCUUCUGUUUCCAUGCCAACUUCAACUAUCAGUGGCUCAGGUGGCUGGAGAGGACGCUCCCGGGGGGCGGAGUCAAGGCAGUGACAGGGAAAGUUGUGGUGGAUCAACUGGUGGCAGCACCACUCACCAUCAGUGCCUUUUAUAUCGGUUUAAGUUUACUUGAAAACAAGAAGGACCCACUUGAAGAUUGGAGACAGAAAUUCUGGACAUCUUACAAGACUGGAGUAGUAUAUUGGUCAACAAUGCAGGCAGUGAACUUUGCUCUGGUUCCCCCUGUGGCACGGACAGCGUUUCUCGGAGGCAUUGCGCUGACUUUCACAAUCUUCUUGUGCCACCUCAGACAGAAGGACAGCCACAAACUUGAAUGAACCAAGGAUCCUCAACAAAAAAUAUAUAUGACAUUAGAUUUGGUUUGUUAAAGGACACAGUUUGGUUGCAGAGUCAGUAGAUUUCAUUAAAAUGUGGCGAAAUUCUGAUAAAGGUCACAGUGUCAGCAGAUGAUCUCAUCCCUGGAUUUUUGUUGGUUCUCUGUCUUAUUUCAACUUCUCCUGUAAGAAAGAUCCACACAAUGUAUAUCAUGAUGUAUGAUGACCAACCAAAGAGCUAUCAGAUAUUAUUUUUGUGUCACUCUUUCAGUCAUACUGGACUAUGUUUGUUGUUGUCACACAUUGUUAAAUUAAAGAAUCAAAAAAUCUAUUGUUUAC